AUGGACGGGGAUGCGAAGCGGGCUUCGGACGGUGCGGACGGCGGGGUUCCGAACCCCAAGCGCCCCAGGAGUCUGCCCAGGGCUAAGACUCACGAGGAGGAGCUGGAUGAUCUCAUUGCAAGUGGGCUUCUGGAUGAGCCAUCCGAUCCACCUGAGGAGAUUGCCCGACAGACUUUUGCAGAUAACUUCUCCUCCAAGGGCUUUCGAGUUCAAGAGGAAGACCUGCCGAAACUUCUGGCAGAGGUCAUGGAAAAGGGUCCAGAAUGGGGUGGCACACGGUACUGGCGAUGCGCAGCCCUCUUUGUCGGCUGCAUGGCGAGAUCCACAAGGUCAUGCCGCAUUGCAUUCGUGGCACACCCGAAAGGUUUAAGUUUGCUGGGCCUCGUGCUGAAAGAGGCGGUCUCACGCUUGGAGGCGCCAGGCUCACAUCAUGAAGCGAGCAUGCUCGCGCUGGCAUGCCUUACAUGCCUGAAGGCUUUGCCCUUAGGGCGUGCCUCGCUGUGGGAACACCGGCAGGCUAUUGGCAAGCCUUUCGACCAGCUGCACAAGUGGUGCGCCAAAGACCGCAGCGCCAUCGCGGCCGAACUUCGGGGUCCGACUCUCGAGCUGUGCCAGCGCUGGAAGCGGCAGCCGAAACCGGCAGCCCAAGAGCAAACCCACAAGGCCUUGCGGGGAAAGGUCCUUGAGCUUAUCUCCAGCGGUCUUCAUGGCCGCGGCACCUCACCGUCGGCCUCGCCGGCUCCAAUGAGCUCACCUGCGCAGCUGCCCGGAAAUCUGGUGGCCGCCGAGGUGGAGAGUGCUUUGUGGGGCCGUUACGGUACGAACAAGACGGCAGAGUACCGUCACCAUGCUCGGAUGCUGCGGGCCAACCUGGCUUUGCCCGGGAACGGGGAGCUUCGUGCAAGGGUGUUGGCGGGAGAUCUCAAGGCGGAGGACUUGGUAUCUAUGGACUCAGGUGCCCUUGCGCCGGACGAGAUCCAAAGGCAGCGCCGGGAAGUUCAACUUAGGGCCAUGAAGGAAGCUGUUGUCGAGGACCUUCAGCCUGUAAGGCCAGAGGAUGGAGAGGGCUCACCUUUCGAUCCAGGUGCAGAUCUGAACACUGCACCACUGGUUUGGCGCAGCCCGACGAAGGAUACCAAGCAAGAGAGCCAAGAAAGCCAGGGCGAUCAAGAGGAGGGAGCCACGGGUUUGCCCAUGGUCCCGCCCCCCACACCUUUCCGACUCUCCGUGGCUACGCCAACUAUGGAACCAGCGACAUCAGACAUGCCCGAAAUGCUCGCCACCCCAGGCCCAGAUGACGAAGACGAUGACCUGAUGGCAGUCUUGCGGUUCCUGGCCUCCUCACCAUGA